AUGUGGAGUAUUGCUACUAAUUAUCAGUUUCAUAAGGGUGGUAGAAUCUGGUUAUUGUGGUUACCUUCUAAAUUUGUUGUGAAUAUCAUUGAAUGCACUAGUCAGUUCAUUCAUUGUGAUGUAUUGCAAGUGAGUUCAGGGAAGAAAUGGUUUGUUACUAUGGUUUAUGGAUUGAAUGACAGUAAAGAUAGGAAGCAGUUGUGGGAGGGGCUCAAGAGAUUGAGUAAAAAUGUGAAUGAAGCGUGGGUGGUGGGAGAAGAUUUCAAUAAUGUUCUCCACCUCAAUGAAAGAAUUGGAUCAGCAAUCACUCUGGAGGAGGUGAUGGAGUUUCAGCAGUGUCUUAGAACUUGCUCACUUCAGGAACAAACUAAUACAGGGCCGUUUUACACAUGGUCCAAUAAGCAAGAGGGGGAUGAUAGGGUAUUUUCUAGGAUUGACAGGAUUGUGGUGAAUGAUAGAUGGAUGGAGGUAUUUCCAGACUCAGUUUUUAAUAUGUGGACUCAGGCAGACAGAUUCAUAAGUAAGGUGCAGGAGGUGUGGCAAGAGGAUGUUUCUCGAGUUCCCAUGUUUCGGAUAGUUAGGAAGUUGAAGAAACUAAAGAAAUCCCUAAAAGAGUUGAAUAGGGAUAAAUUUGCAGACAUUGAGAAGCAAGCUGAUGAAGCUUACACUAAACUAUUGCAAGCUCAGCAGCAGGUUCAUGAAGAUCAUUUGAAUAAGCAGUUAUAUGUCCUUGAGGAGGGUGCCAGGAAAGAGUACCUUGCAUUGAACAAGGCUAGACUCAGCUUUCUUCAACAAAAGGUUAAGCAGGAGUGGAUUAAGAAUGGUGAUGCUAAUACAGGAUAUUUUCAUGCCUGUAUUAAGCAAAGGAGGUGUCAGAAUAAGGUGUGCAGGAUUAAAAAUAGUGAUGGUGAGUGGAAGGAGAAUGGUGAGGAGAUUGAUGAAGCUUUUCUGGAGUUCUAUAAGAAGCUACUUGGUGAAGAUGUCAAAGCUGCAUUGUUUGACAUUGCAGAUAAUAAGGCCCCAGGCCCUAAUGGGUACACUAGUUGUUUUUUCAAGAAGGCUUGGCCUUGCAUUGGAGAGGAUAUCAUCAAUGCUGUGCUUAAUUUUUUUCAAACAGGUAAACUUCUCAAACAACUGAAUACCACAACUCUAUGCCUUAUUCCUAAAGUUGAACAACCUAUAGAUGUAUCUCAAUUCAGACCUAUAGCUUGUUGCAAUGUAAUGUAUAAAGCAAUUUCAAAAAUGCUUUGUAGUAGAUUGAAAAUUGUUCUACCUAGUCUAGUUGAUCAAGUGCAAAGUGCAUUUGUGGCUAAUAGAGUAAUUAUGCAUAACAUCUUUAUUUGUCAAGAUAUGCUAAAGAAUUAUAAAAGAAAGAAUGCUCCUGCUAGGUGUACACUGAAAGUAGACUUGAAGAAGGCAUAUGACUCCUUGAAUUGGGAGUUCAUCAGAGAAUUGCUCAUUGGGUUAAAUUUUCCUGAAAGGUUUAUCAACUGGAUUAUGGAAUGUCUCACUACUCCUUCCUACUCAUUGAGUAUUAAUGGGGGGCUGAAUGGUUUCUUUCAAGGCAGAAGAGGGAUUAGACAGGGAGAUCCUAUCUCUCCUUUAAUUUUUGUUCUUGCUAUGGAGUACUUCACAAGAUUGAUGAAGAAAAUGAGUCAUAGAGAGGAUUUUAAAUUUCAUCAUAGAUGUGAACAAUUGAAGAUUCAUCAUCUGAUUUUUGCUGAUGACUUGAUGCUGUUUAGUAAAGGUGAUAUUCAGUCAGUUGUGCUUCUUGUGAGAACCUUAAAAGCCUUUGCUGAUUCUUCUGGAUUAGAAGCAUGUCCUUUAAAAACUGAUAUCUAUUUUGGUAAUGCAAAGGAGGUGGAACAAAAUAGAAUACUUCAAAUUACUGGGUAUAGAAAAGGGACCUUUCCUUUUAGAUACCUGGGUAUUCCCAUCACUUCUAAGAGAUUGAACAAGGCAGAUUGUGAUAUUUUGGUGGAUAUGAUGCUUAAAAGGAUCAUGUGUUGGAGCUCAAGGCAUCUUUCAUAUGCAGCAAGAACAACUCUUGUAAAUGCUGUCCUUAUGAGUAUUCACACUUACUGGGCUCAAAAUUUCCUUCUGCCUAAGUGUGUGCUACUCAGAAUUAAUCAAGUCUGCAGAGCUUUUCUUUGGGAAGGCAAAGUGGUGUUGAAUAAAGUUCCCCCUGUGGCUUGGAAAUGGGUGUGUAAAGGGAAAAAGAAAGGUGGCUUAGGUGUUCAGGAUUGUAUGAAAUGGAACAUUGCAGCUAUUGGGAAAUUUGUAUGGCAAAUUGCUCAAAAACAAGAUCUUCUUUGGAUCAAAUGGGUUCACUGUGUAUACUUAAAAGAGAUUGACUGGUGGGAAUAUCAAAUUUCCCCAAAUGCUAGCUGGAUAUGGAGAUGUAUAUGUAAGGUGAAGGAAGUCUUUAAAGAAGCAUAUACCACCAAUAACUGGUUGACUGGCCUGCAUCCAUAUACUGUAAAAGAGGGAUAUCAGUGGCUUCAAGGCUCACAGGAGGAUGUGCCCUGGCAUUAUUGGGUUUGGAAUUCAUCAAAUAUUCCUAAACACUCAUUCAUUGCUUGGUUAGUCAGCUUGGGGAAGUUAAGAACAAGAGUUGUAUUGGCUAAGGCUGGUAUCUGUCAAGAUACCUCAUGCUUGCUGUGCUGUACAGGUGAAGAUUCAUGUCAGCAUUUGUUUUUUCAGUGUCCUUGCAGUGUUAUUAUUAGUCAGAAGGUAAUGGGAUGGAUUGGUAUACAUAAUGUGACUCAAGAGAACUUGUAUAUUGUGUGGAGGAAGUGGGGGCAGAAGUUUAAAAGCAAGAGGAGACAGAAGCUUUGUUAUUCUGUAAUUGCUGCUCUUGUUUAUCACAUAUGGAGAGCUCAGAAUUAUGCCCUAUGGAAUGAUGCUGUAUUGCUACCUGGUGACCUAGCAAGGAACAUUCAACUAGAUGUGUGUGGUAGAUACAAGAGUCUGGUAGAUAUCAAAUGGAAUGAUGAGGAUAAAUUAUGGUUUCAGUAG